AAUAGACAAAGUCCUAAGACUUGCUUGAAGACCUUGAAUAUUUCCCCUUCCAGUAUCAGUUCAUUCCCUCUGGUCUGCCUUUUCUCCAUAGAAGCUGAUUCUUGAGGUUUCACAGCAUUCUCCUGCUCUGUUCAGACUUCUGCGGUUUCUUUCGGGCACACACAUAACAUGGCAGAUAGAUACGUACACGGUAAAUCUUCUCUUAUUGCAAAAUGUUUCUGUCAAAUGAAAUGAUGAUUCUAGGACGUAUGAUCUGCUGUUUAGUUUAGAUUCCAAGCUCUACAGGGAAGCGUGUUCGAAGGAGACAGAGAACUUGCAAGGCACGGGAUAUACCAAAGGGAGAAAUUCAUAAAAGCAGACUUCCCAACUCACUGCAGUUAUGGACCAGUAAGCCUUGAAGACCCAUGCAAAUGGCAAGGUGUUAUUAUGGGGCCUCCAGGUUCUCCUUAUGAAGAUGGUAUCUUCUUUCUUUCCAUUGAUUUACCUGACGACUAUCCAACAAGGCCUCCCAUCAUCAAAUUCCUAACCAAGGUUUAUCAUCCAAACAUUGAUGAAAAUGGCAAUAUUUACAUUGACAUUUUAGAAGAAGAUCAAUGGAACCCAAUCCAAACCAUUGAGAGCCUAUUGCUCUCCAUAUGCUCACUUCUUGACGAUCCAAAUCCAGUGGACCCUCUCAAUCCAAGCAGCAAUCUCUUCAAAACAAACAAACAGGAAUUCAACAAAAUGGCGAGAAAAUGGACUAAGAACUAUGCUAGUGAUUUGUACAUAUGAGUGUCUCAAUCCCAAAGAAUACAUUGCCGGGAAAUUAUGGAAUGUGGUAAUGAAUUUUAAUUGGCUUCCCUUUCAUUUUAUUAUCACAAACAUGGUGCCUUAGACCACAGACUGGUCAAAACUUAGAUUACAGCACCCAUCAAUGACAUCUUUGUUUGUUACGUGGAAAAAAAAAAUGAAGAAAGG